AUGCGUUUGGAUGCAACGGAUGUGCGGUACAUCACGCCGGACGAGUUCCGCGUGCUGACUGCGGUGGAGAUGGGCUCCAAGAACCACGAGGUGGUACCGUCGACGCUCAUUGCUCAGAUCUCGGCGCUGCGGCACUCGGGUAUCAGCAAGCUGCUCGGCAGCCUCGCGAAGCGCAAGCUCGUCGCGCGCGUGCAGAACAAUGCGUACGACGGAUUCCGCCUGACGUACGGAGGGUACGACUACCUUGCGGUGCGCGCACUGAGCAAGCGUAAGUCGAUCUACAGCGUGGGGCACCGCAUCGGCGUCGGCAAGGAGAGCGAUAUCCAGGUCGUGGCGAGCGAGGAGGGCGAGCAGCGCGUGCUGAAGCUGCACCGCCUCGGCCGCAUUAGUUUCCGCAAGAUCAAGGAGAAGCGCGACUACAUGGGCAAGCGCAAGAGCGCAAGCUGGAUGUACAUGAGCCGCCUCGCGGCAGAGAAGGAGUACGAAUUUAUGCAAGUCUUGCACGAGCACAAGUUUCCGGUCCCGACGCCGAUCGACCAGGCGCGGCAUACGCUCGUAAUGUCGUUUAUCGAUGCGUACCCACUGCGCCAGAUCUCAGCGAUGCCCGAGGCGCAGGUGCGCAAGCUGUACGCGGCACUCAUGGCGCUCAUUGUGCGCCUCGCACACGCCGGCUUGAUCCACGGCGACUUUAACGAGUUUAAUUUGCUUGUGCGCGAGGUUUACGAGGAAGACGAGUACGAGGAGGAGUUUGCCGAGCCGAUGCAGGCACCUGUGCAGGAGCAGGACGAGCCGAAGCCGGUCGAGGGUGCGACGGUCCAGCAGGGCAAGGGCUUUGAGCGCGUCGUGCUCAACGACGCGGACGAGGAAGAGGAGGAAGAGGAGGAGGAGGAGGAAGAAGAAGACGACGACGACGAGCUCAUUACGUUCGAGGACGGUAUCCAGGUCGAGCCGAUCCUGAUCGAUUUUCCGCAGAUGGUCAGCAUCGACCACCCCAAUGCGGACUACUACUUUGAGCGCGAUGUGGACUGUGUCCGCCGCUUCUUUCGCAAACGGUUCCGAUUCGAGUCGGACGAAUACCCCAAGUUUGACGAGGUGGUCGCGACGAUGCCAAAGGACAAGCCGCGCCUCGACGAGAUUACCAAGGCGAGUGGCUACGGCAAUGUGACGGACGAUGUGCUGUCGCAACAUAUCGAAAGCAUGCGCAUUCAUGGAAAGGAGGGUGCAGAGGAAAGUGAGGACGAUGAGGAGGGCGAAGACGACGACGAAGACGACGAUGACGACGAUGACGAAGACGAAGACGAUGAAGACGACGAAGAAGAGGACGAUAAAGACGCCGAGGACAACGACGAUGCUCUCGAAACGGCUUCGCGUGCUCCUCACACGUCGUCUCGUCCCAAGCUCGACUCAUCCGACAUUGCUACUCGCGUCGCCGUGUCGCAAGUCCGCACGUCCCGGCGCGAGCAAAAGCACCACGGCCGCAAGGCCCAGGCGACCAAGACCGGACGCCGCCACGGCGGCGGCAAGGCCAAGCACAACAAGGAGCGCACCGUGGCCGACUCGCUCGCCUUUUAG